AUGGGGCUCAGCCUGGUGAGGGAUGGCACUGUGCUCGGGGUGCUGGCACAGGAGAUCGGCACCUUCCUGGCUGGCCUGUGGUACAGGCGCUCCUGCGUGUGGCAGAGCCUGCGCGCGGCCAGCCUGCACUACUCGCGCGUCCCGCGCCCCGCCUGGCGGGACCGGCUCCUCAAGAUGUACAUGAGCGGGCUGAGUGCCCUGCAGGUCUACAUCCCCUGGAAUUACCACGAGCCACUGCCGGGGGUUUAUGACUUUGCCGGGGAGCGGGACGUGGAAGCCUUCCUGGACUUGACGGCAGAGCUGGGGCUCCUGGUGAUCUUGCGUCCAGGACCCUACAUCUGUGCGGAGUGGGAGAUGGGCGGCCUGCCUGCCUGGCUGCUGUGGAAACCAGACAUCGUCCUGCGCUCCUCCGACCCCGACUACCUGGCGGCCAUGGACUCCUGGCUCCAUGUCCUGCUCCCCAAGAUCAAGCCCCGGCUAUACCAGUACGGGGGCAACAUCAUCAGUGUGCAGGUGGAGAACGAGUACGGGAGUUACUACGCCUGUGACUACAACUACCUGCAGCACCUCCUGGGCACCUUCCGGGCACUGCUGGGGCCCGAUGUGGUGCUUUUCACCACUGACGGCACCCGGGCGGAGGAGCUACGCUGUGGCACCCUGCCUGGCCUCUACGCCACUGUGGACUUUGGGCCAGGCUCCAACAUCACGGAGGCAUUUGGUGCCCAGCGCCUGGUCCAGCCGAAGGGGCCCCUGGUGAACUCUGAGUACUACACGGGCUGGCUGGACUACUGGGGGGAGGCGCAUGCCAGCAUCAGCUCCGCACGGGUGGCUCAGGGACUCGAGGACAUGCUGCGCCUGGGAGCCAAUGUCAACAUGUACAUGUUCCAGGGGGGCACCAACUUCGCCUACUGGAGCGGUGCUGACUUCAAGGAGGGGUACAAGCCCGUGACCACCAGCUACGACUACGAUGCACCGCUCUCGGAGGCCGGAGACCCCACUGAGAAGCUGUUUGCCAUCCGCACGGUCAUCAGUAAGUUCCAGGCCCUGCCGGUUGGUCCCAUGCCGCCUGCCACCCCCAAACACGCCUAUGGCCGUGUGGCCCUGCAGAAGUAUGCCAACCUCCUGGAUGUCUUGGAUGUGCUGUGCCCCUCUGGGCCUAUCCAGAGCCAGUUUCCCCUCACUUUUGAGGCCAUAAAGCAGGUGAGGGGCUUAGUACAGGAAGGGACUCUGGCCCCAGAGACGCCCCUGCAUUGCCUGUGUGUCCCGUGUAGUCAAGAGUACCAGGGGACGCUGGAGCGGGACGGGCAGACAGCGCUGCAGGUGACAGGCAGGGAGGGGGACAUCCUGGACGUGCUCCUGGAGAACAUGGGCAGGAUCAACUUCGGCGCCAACGUCAGCGACUUCAAGGGCCUGCUGAGGAACCUCUCCCUGGAGUCCAGCCCGCUGCACGGCUGGCUGCUCUACCCCCUGGCCAUUGACCCUGCAGUGCAGCAGGGCUGGCCCCACGCUGCCCCCCACAAGUCAAGCAGCAGGGGUAGAGCAGGACCAGCCUUCUACAUGGGGACCUUUGAGAGUCCCGGCAGCACCUGGGACACUUUUGUGAAAUUCCCAGGGUGGAGCAAGGGCCAGCUGUGGAUCAAUGGCUUCAACCUGGGCCGGUACUGGCCGCAGCGGGGGCCCCAGCAGACCCUCUUCGUGCCCAGCUCAGUGCUGCACUCUGACCGCCCCAACAACAUCACGGUGCUGGAGCUGGAGGGGGCACCUCCCGUCCCCUCCCUGCUCUUCCUCGACCAACCUCUUUUCAACAAGACCCUCAGCCGCAGCGCUGUGCCUGCAAAAUAA